CGUGUCCGCGAGUUCCCUCGGGCCAUUCCGAUCCCCGGAUUCCAGGUUAGGUUAGAUCCGGGCCCGGAAGACGUGGACUUUUCGCCAGGCAAUUAGGCAAUUAUCCUCGGUAGGGCUCUUCAAGUUCGCCGAAUCGAUCCCACGGAGGGGAUCCUCGCAAUUUCGGGACUUCGAGGGCUCGUGCUCGCUCGCUAAUCAGCUUCGUUCCCGUUUCCUGCCAUUAGUUUUCACGGGGAACGAGGGGAGACGGAAAUUCAGGGUCGGCAGCCCAUUGAUCGCGAACCAUCGGCUCGAUCCAUCCUCGUUAUAUAAUAAACCGUUGUUUUUCCCCGGGAAUUUCGGAAUGCCGAGGACGAGGCCAGGAGAGAAAGGCGCUUCUUCUGCCGAUCGAACCAUGAAAUGAGUUAUCGCCCUUCUUUUGUCUGAAUUUUUUUUAUUACGGAUAGAGCAAAGUUCGUGAUCUUGAACAAGAAGAGUGGACGAGGCUCGAGGUCUUCUUCAAUGGAGAAUUUCGUGUGAAGAGAGAAGUCAUCUUUUCUGAUAAUGCUUUGAAGCGAGGUAUCGGAGUUAAACUUUGAAGAUGUUUACGAGAGGAUAUAUACCAGAAAGUUAACUUUCACCGAUUUUUCCGGAAGAAAAUAAAUCGAAGCGGAGAAAAGAAGCAGCGAUGAAGAGCCCCGGGAACUAUUUUCGCCCUCUGAAAUUACCCUGGGAAAAUAAAGACUGACUCAAUGGGAAGAAUCGCGAUUACGCGUGUUAAUAAUGCCAGUUUAUGCAAUCAAGAAAUAAUACAACAGUGAUGAGAAGAAACAGAAGAAUCGCGAUUAACAUAAGAGAAGAGGAAUUCGCGAGAAGAAGAUAAUGAAUUCGGAAAUAUUAUUCAGGGACGCAAGGAAAGCUCGAGAAAAGUAAAGCAGAGUUUUCCAGUCCACUUGAGAAAACUAACACCGAGGGAAAAAAAAUCCGCAAGAGGCGAUUAACCGGCAGUUGAGAGGAUUGGAAAAACGCGGAGAUAUUUUAUUAAUGCCUAUCCCAUGUAUGUUAAUCCCUAUGCGAAUUAUCUAACGAUUUCCAUUACCGGUUUAAUCUCCAAUCAAGUGACUAUAAACCCGAGAAGGAAGAAAAUCUGGAAUUUAAAUCCGAGGACGAGAAACCGGCGACGAGGAAGUGAAUCGUUCGGUCGACCAAUCGCGAUGCUUCCUUGUUCCCUUGUUUCUCUUGUUUCUCUUGUUUAUCGAAUCGACUGAGAGGCCAAAGAAAUUCGGUAAACGUCUUCUACGCCUCGAAAAUCCAGGAGAAGGAAGUAAUCAGAAGUGUCCGUUCGAGGACAGAGAGAAUCGCAGCCUCCAUAAUUUAAUCUCUCCAGAGGCGAGUUUUUUUUUCAACGCGAUUUAAUCUUCCACUUCGUUACGCUUAAUGGAGUAAAAAUAACUCCGCAAAUUUUAAAGUUAAUCCUGCGCAUACGUGCCGAUACGCUCGAAGGGAUUAAUUGGGCUUUAAUUGAUGAAAAUUAUAUCAAUUCGAGCGGAAUUAAACGCGAACGCGUGUGUGGAUAUUCUUGAAGAGAAUAAAGGUUUAAUUUGUACAAUACAAUUUUUUCAUAAUGGUAGGAGUUAAAAAGUGGGUAGAGGGGAUGGAAGGAGUUCGGGAGAGGAGAUUCGUAUGGGAGUGUUGAGAGGAUCGUGGAGGGAGUGAAUUUAUAAAUGUACAAUGUAUGAUACGAUGAAGUGGACGUAUGAUAAGAGGCCUGAGAUGUGGAUAGUUCGAUGAAUGUCGGGGUUUAUACAUGUAUAUUUUUUUUUUGGCAUUGGAUAAAUGAGAAUGAGUACGAGUUCAACGCAAUAAGGACCGGUUGAACGAAUUAAGGACGAGGUGGACGCAAGAGAAAAAAAAUGAGACCCAGCAUCCUCGGUCCAGGAUAAGAGAGUUAACGUCAAGGAAGAAGCCCGAUCGUCGCCGAGGAACCCGCUGCUCGUUUUCGGCUUAGCCGGGGGUUCAAAGGGUUGAAACUCGGGGUGAAAGGGGUCAUGGGGAAAGGGAACCAGAGAAAGUGACGCGCAAUAUGGACGCGGGAGCAAGCCGAGCAUUUAUUUGAGUCCCCGAAGCGGGUCGAGUGCCGUUGGAGAGGCGAGAUCAAAUGAAAAAUGACGAAACGCCACCGCUUUGAGGCCCGAGGCUAGAGGACCCAGGAUACACGCAUUUCGGAAUAAAUUCCCGAAGGUGCAGCUGGAAAAUCCGCCAUGACGACCUGGCGCAAGUGCGACCUUCGCCGAGGAUGGCCGUUGAAAUUGGCGCUUCUUCUGGGCGCUCUUCAGGGUCGAAUAGCUCAGACAUCUCCGCUGGGGAAGUGUUGCGACCCUGACCAAGUGUUGAUCCCGGAUGCUGCAGGAUUUUCCUGCGCCCCUGCACCCCCUGAUGCCUCGGAAGUCGUCCUGGGACCGGAAAUUGUCGGACUUCCGGUCUGCAGGGCGGCUGCAGAACUCGGCGUCUCGAAGUUCGAGGACGCCAAAGAUGGCGUCUUUGACGACGCUUGCGUGGAUGUUUUGUUUCGAGCUCUUAAUAACAGUUAUCCUGUGGUUUUACAGUGUAGGGGGGGUAAUGAAAGUCAGGGUGGUUUUUCCUCUCCCCGGAUUUUGAGCGUCAGGAAGUGUUGUGGUUUUGGGGAGGUCUUCAGUGUUGACAGGAAGGCUUGCGUGUCCGUUCUUCGGGAGGAGUCUUCUUGGCUGGAGGAACUUCCCUUUGUCGAGGGCGCUAUAAAGGAUGGCGUGAUUUUGGCGGUCUCAAAAGGACCCCCUCGGUGCGAAAAUGCCAUUGUUGAUCACGAGAUCAACGCCACCGAUGUCACCUUCGUGAACAAUGGCCUGCAGGUGACGUCAUCGGCCGAGCUGACGCUGACGGAGAGCACCGGAUGUCUGGAUCGGAGUUCCUCGGGAGGGCUCCUGGUGGCAAGGGUCUGCUCCACUCCUGAAUUUUGUCUGGAACACGCCUGUCUCCGGAAAUGCUGUCCCGAGGACCAGGCGCUUUUUUUCAACGAGUGUCGCCCUCUUCCGAGCUCCGCGACCUCCGAGAGGCUCCACCAAGAGCUGGUGAAUUUCUCGCAAAACGUCUCCGAGGACGAUGUCUUCGACGUCUCGGCUGGUUACGGAGUUCUGGUGGGCAAACCUUGCAAACACGGGAUGUACCCGACCCUCCCCGAGGAAAGGUGGCACAUGACGAGCCGGGGCCACGUCUACGUGCCCACCUACAAGACCUUCGACCACCAGGAACACUGCAUGGACAUGUUCUACAACAACUCGGAGUUCCGGGAGGGCCUCUACCCGUUCGUCUGCUUUCCCGAGCCCUCCGUCUACGAGACCUCGGCCACGCGGUUCGGAGUGAAUGCAGCUCUGGAGCUGACGAGCUGCACAUUUCUGCUGUUGACGCUUCUGGUCUACAUUUGUCUUCCAUCUCUGCAAAAUUUGCACGGAAAGACACUCAUGUGUCACGUGGCCAGUCUCUUCAUGGCUUACGUGUGUCACACCGUCGUUGUCCUGGCAACCCCGGAAAGCGUCCAUUGGGAUCCUAAUUUGGAAACCCACGACUGGAGUGUGGGAUGCAAGGCUUUAGGAUACUCCAUGCUCUUCUUCUUCCUCUCGGCGUUCUCCUGGCUGAAUGUCAUGUGCUUCGACAUUUGGCGAACCUUCGGGGGCCUGAAGAGGUUUGGAAAUCCAAGGAGCAACAGGCAUUAUCACCUGAAGAGGUUCCUAUCUUAUUGCACGUAUGCCUGGGGACUCGCUCUGGGAAUCACCGGUCUGGGGAUACUUGCGGACUCCAUGGACAUUUUACCUCUACAUCUCAGGCCGAAUAUAGGCACCGAGAGAUGUUUCUUCGCCCAGACGCCGGGGUACAUCGGGGAGAUACUUUUCUUUAUGGGGCCCCUGUCCAUCCAGCUGCUGGCCAACGUCGUCUUCUUCGUCCUUACGGCCGUGAGCUGCAGCAAGGUUAAGGCUGAGAUAAGGAAAGUCAUGGCUGGUCCUGCCGAUCCUCGCAGCAGGCGCUUCCAGGCAGAUCGGACGAAGUUCAUCAUGAACGUGAAGCUGUUCACCGUGAUGGGGAUUUCCUGGGUCCUGGAAGUGGUGUCCUUCCACGUGAACCGCUACGCGACGAACCUGCAGUGGAAGGAAGAGUUCUUCUAUAUACCGGAUGCUUUUAACUGUCUUCAAGGACUGCUAAUUUUCGUUCUCUUCGUCAUGAAGAGGAACGUCUAUCAAGCCUUGAAGAGAAGACUCGGGAUUGCCGAGAGGAAUCCUGCCUGUGUCGGGGGUCUUCGGGAUCCCUACAAGGUUCGGAUGAGCGCCAGCAACAGCACCCUUAUGUCAACCUUCGCCGUCAGCACCUCACCCUGACGUACCCAGUGACGGUGAAACGCUUUUUCUUUCUUAAAAGAAAAGAGAAGAUGUGGACGCGUUUAACUGCCUCGAAGGACUGCUGAUCUUCGCCCUAUAAACGAAGAGGAACGUGUCGGACCCUGAAGAGAGGUCUACGGACUAUCGAGAGGAACUUAUACUCGUACCAGUCUUCAGGGUCUCUUCGUGGUCCGGAUGACCAGGAUCGGCACUCUCGUGUCCAUCCACGUCAUCAGCACUUUGCCUUAAUGUGCCUCGGGAAAGCGAAACGCUAUUUCUCUUAAAUUGGAAGAAGGGCAAAGUAGGAGCAUAAUCCUAGAAAUUUUACGUGUGCAAUUGUAGACAUAAUUGGCCAUUUUUCACGGUUUCUGUAACAUCGAAUUAGAGAUAAAUCUCUUUGUAAGAUUUGUAUCGACGUUAGAAGAAGGAUUCCGAGUCCUGUGGGAGAGAAAUCCCGAGAUCUUUCCUCGGGAUAUCUUUUCGAAGUAGGACUUGGAAUUAAAAAUUGAUCUUCGCCGCCAAUUGGGGCUCUCAGGGACGUAACCUGCCAGGACUCGGCCACGGGCACGGUAGUUGUAAGGAUUUACGAUUGUCUGUCCUUCUGGCGAGUUUCCAGAUGCUGCAUCCGCCGUUAUCCUUUAAGCCGCGACUAGGACCAAAGAAGCCUCGUUAUACGUUUAAGUGGGUGAACCUUACAAGCGGGGGACGGUACAAGUUACGGACAACUCGCGACUUGCCUUGACAAAUGUCCAGACUCGCCGAAGGAUGCAUUUCGUGCACCUCCUCGAAGGACUUUGGAGGACUUCCGGACUGCCCAAGCCCCGGCCUCGCCCCCUUCGAGGUCGUUCGCAUCGAUUCGCUCUUCAAUGAGGCACGCCACGAAGAAAUGGUUCAUACAAAAGUUGGCCAUCGGAUCUUUUUGAAAAACUUUUGUGGGAACCAUUUUGCCGUAGUAUGUGAUGUUUAAUAAAAAAGUCAUAUCAAAGGAAGCGACGCAGAGAGACAUUUUUCGCAGCCGGAAAAUCAUUCUCAUUUGGGGGAGGAAAAGAGAUCGAAGACCUCGGCAGAGAUACUCCCUAAUUUUCCUGCUUUCCACCCUUAGUCCGGAAUUUUUCUCCGAUAUUGCGAAGACCCGAAGAAAAGAUCUCCGAAAGGUAAGGAGCAGAUAUUUCCGGCCGCGAAGAGAAAUUUUAUUGUUUUCCCACGGGCGUUUCCCAUUAUUUUCGCACAACCUGAAGAUACCGAUCCAGGAGACCUAC